AUGGUGAAUUGGGGGUACCCUGCGUGUGGUAUUUGCGCGGCUCUUGGUCUGUUAUGCAUAACGUCAUCAUUUUUUGUUAAUGAUCAAAGUGGAUCAGCUGAUUCGCAUUUUGUCAACAGUGUUUCUACGCAGAGUCCAACAGUUGUACGCCCGUCGCAAAAUACGGAAGAAAAGAAAGUACGGACGGAGACAGAUAAUGCCAGACAAAAUGAUCCGGAGUACUUGAACUAUCUGGAGGGUAUGUGGACACCAGUCAAGACUGUUGGUUUGGAAGAAUAUCUAGAGGCAGAGAAUGGCCCAUUGUGGUACCAGCAAAUUGCUAAGUCCAAGUUGGGCGCCCCUGACAUUGAAUUUGCAAGAAUCGGCACUUAUGAAUUCGCCUUCAUUGUCCGGAUUGGAAUAAUUUUCAAUAAAUCUUUCCCAUUCUAUUUGGACAGAUCGUUUGAGCAGGACUCGAUACUCGGCGACACAGUGGUGACUUAUCCUCGUAUAAAGAAGAAUCAUUUGAGUUUCAAAAUAACAGGCUCUCGAGCUGGAUUGACGCGAAAUAAGAUCGAAAUCAAGGACAAAGACUUCUUAAUUCUUACAUCUACACUGGUCGACAAGAAUGUUACGUUUCAGAGAACGUUUGAACGUAUCGCCUUGGACCCUACGGAAUCAUAG